GGCAGGAGGGAGCCGGGAGCCCCGCCGCGGAGGCGCUGCGCUACCCGGAGCCUCACGGCCAUUUGCUUUAAUUCUUUUAUUGCCCCCCGGCCGCCUCCUCCUCCCUGCCCGCAGGAGCCAGCCGAGGCGGCGGGGGCUGCAUCCCCCCCUCCCCCCCUUUUUUUUUUAAUUUUUUUUUUUUUUUUUAAAUUUUCAUCGCCGCCAUGGGAUGUACCCUGAGUGCUGAGGAAAGAGCCGCCCUGGAGCGGAGCAAGGCCAUCGAGAAGAACCUGAAGGAGGACGGGAUCAGCGCGGCCAAAGACGUGAAACUCCUCCUGCUCGGAGCCGGAGAGUCGGGAAAAAGCACCAUCGUGAAGCAAAUGAAGAUCAUCCAUGAGGACGGCUUCUCUGGAGAAGACGUGAAGCAGUACAAGCCAGUGGUGUACAGCAACACUAUACAGUCACUGGCAGCUAUUGUCCGUGCCAUGGACACCCUGGGCAUUGAGUAUGGUGAUAAGGAGCGACGGGCUGAUGCCAAGAUGGUCUGCGAUGUCGUAAGUCGGAUGGAGGACACAGAGCCCUUCUCUCCAGAGCUGCUGUCAGCUAUGAUGAGGCUCUGGGCAGACUCUGGGAUCCAAGAAUGCUUCAACCGGUCCCGGGAAUAUCAACUUAACGACUCAGCCCAAUACUACCUAGACAGCUUAGAUCGAAUUGGAGCUGCAGACUACCAGCCCACGGAGCAGGAUAUCCUCCGAACCAGGGUCAAAACAACUGGCAUCGUAGAAACCCAUUUCACAUUCAAAAACCUCCACUUCAGGCUCUUCGAUGUCGGGGGCCAGCGGUCAGAACGCAAGAAGUGGAUCCACUGCUUCGAGGACGUCACAGCCAUCAUCUUCUGUGUCGCUCUGAGUGGCUACGACCAGGUGCUCCAUGAAGACGAAACCACGAACCGCAUGCACGAAUCUCUGAAGCUUUUUGACAGCAUCUGCAACAACAAAUGGUUCACAGAUACAUCUAUCAUCCUGUUUCUAAACAAGAAGGACAUAUUUGAGGAGAAAAUUAAGAAAUCUCCACUGAGUAUCUGCUUUCCUGAGUACACAGGCCCCAACGCUUUCACGGAGGCGGUGGCGUACAUCCAGACCCAGUACGAGAGCAAGAACAAGUCUGCCAACAAGGAGAUCUACACUCACAUCACCUGCGCCACCGACACCAACAACAUCCAGUUCGUCUUCGACGCCGUCACGGAUGUCAUCAUCGCCAACAACCUGCGGGGGUGUGGACUCUACUGAAGCUCCCUCCUCCC